AUGUCAUCUGUAACUGCAACUUUGCUUUCAUUGAUUGCUCUUGUCUGCUGGGCAAACUGUAGCCAUUCUGUGAAGGAUGAUCUGGCGCCUGUUGAAGUUGAUUUUCGUUCUUUGGAUUACAGAAAUGUUUUAUACUGGAAACAUCCACAUAAUCCUGUCAAACACAAGAAAUAUUUUGUUCAGCAUAAAGUAUAUGGAGAUAAGGAGUGGACAAAUACCAAACACUGCCAAGGUAUCCAAUCGCUCCAAUGUGAUCUGAGCCAAGAGACAUCAGAUCCUAGAGAGUGGUACUACGCCAGGGUCCGUUCCCUCUCUGCUAAGAGCUACUCACCGUGGGUUCUCAGCCCCAGGUUUCACCCUCACUGGGAUACCAGCAUUAGCCCACCCCACUUAAAGGCAACUGUGACAGGACUGACCAUUAUGGUUCAGAUCAGACCUCCCAGGACACCAUUCCGAGGACCAAAGGGCUCUAGAUUACGAGUGACCAAACUGCAGAAACUGACUUUCAGGAUAUAUGUAAUGCACAAUGAUGUAGAACAGGAGGUUCUCGAAACAGACAGUUGCUCCAAAGAGCUCGAGAUCCCUGGGCUGCGUCCAAAAACAACCUACUGCCUACAGGCUGUGUCCAUUAUCGUUCGCUCAAGCCGCAAAAGCGCACGGGGUCCCAGCCUCUGCAUCAACACGAAUUGAGGGUUUGGUGUCUCCCUCAGGUUGCGGAUGUUUCUGGACCUUUGUUAAACAUGAAAAUGAUGCACAUGCGCAUACUACAUGGUGGAAUGUCUGCAAAUUCUCACAAAGGACACAUUUACAAGACCAUAUUUACAAGGCUUGGCCUUUACUAACUUAUGUUACAGCUGAAGCAGGCACCCUUACAAGAAAACUUUCAUGAAUUUCACACAUUUUGCAUGUGAUAACAUGUCCACGUGUCACUACUUUAAACCUAUGAUUUGAAGGGAAUGUACAAGGGAUUUACACAAAACUAUUUCAAAACCACAAGUUUUUGUAAAUAUGAAAUUCUCGUGACUUUACGGUAAGAAUCAUUUCCGCCCAAAAGGAAUUGCAACAAUAAUGUGUGUUUUUUAAAAGGUUUCCUGUAAGGGAUAGUCACCUCAGAAAAAUACUCACCCUCAGAUUGUUCCAAACCUUGCAUAAAUAUCUUUAUUCUGAUAAGCACAAUGGAAGGUAUUUAUAAGAAUGUUAGUAACCAAGCAGAAUUCGUACACCAUUGACUCCUAUAGUAUUAAUUUUCCGUACUGUGGCAGUAAACGAGGGAUGAGAUCUGCUCUGUACCUGACAUUCUUUCAAAUAUCUUCCUCUGUGUUUAGAACAAAUGCGUUUAUACAGGUUUGGAACGAUCUAAGGGUGAGUAAAUGACAGAAUUUUGAACACCUUGGUGGGGCAGAACAAUGUGGAAAGUGGGAGUCAGUAUUUAAACUUCUUUCAAAUAGCUUGGGUAUAUCUGUAUAUUUAACUUGACCAGAAUGUAUUAUAACCUUACACACUUCAGCUUUAUGGCUAAUGACUAAAUAUAAGCACUGUUAAGCAAACAAAAAGACAAGACGCAGAUGAAUGAAAGCCAAUGCCUAAAUGUUGUAUAAAGGAUUUAUUGGUCACUUGUGUACAGUAAAAUAGUAGAAUUUGAUAGAAAUGAGACGAUUGUGGGCUCAGCCCUUUUCUCUUUGAGCCCUCCUGGAGCAAAUAACCAGUUUGGUGAACCUUCAUCAGCCCACCUCAACACAGCUUAACAUUAAAUUGGUCACAUGGGUAAACACUGGAUUAAAACAAAGCUCAGCGCACAGAUACUAAACAAAACUAUCUGCAAUGCAUGUGUAACAUGUAACAUUUUAUGUGGAUUUAACAUUGGGGAAGCUAAGAUGUUCCCAAGAUGGUGGGCAACUUCAACUCAAAAAUGUCCACACUGAAGACAUUUAUGCCUUUGAAAAUCUGUUGAAAUGAGCAUUAAAAUGUUGGAUUGCUGCAAUA